AUGAUACUCUCUCUCGCCUCGAGGACCGCCGCGCCCUCGUCCUCUUCCUCGACCGACCCCGUGGCCGACGACUUGACCGCCACAACCCCCGGCUCCACCAACACACGGACUCUCAUCAUCAUCUCCACCGUGCUGGGAACCGCAUUCUUCUUCGCCAUCGCCGUCGCGGCGUACUUCGUCGCUACCCGCCACCGGAAGAGGCAGGCCGCCGAGGAUUACAAGAAUGCCUGCCUGCGCAACCCGGACCUCACCUGGGAGGAGUACACGCGGCGCACGAGGCUUACCCAGUCGCGCAUCAUCCUGGCCGAGGAGGAGCUGAGGGACACCAUCAUCCGCAAGUCCCUGCAGGCCCGGACGUCCAUCACCGUGAGCACCGUCGCCCCCGGCAGCCCCGACACGGAACCCCCCGUCUCGCCGCCGGCCCGCACGCGCUCCAGGAUCUGGCAUGGCCGCACCAGGUCAAAGUCGAGCAUCGAGGCGGAAGAGGGCGAGGGGCUGCUGAUGUCCGUCCGCAGCGACUGGGACGAGCACGAAGCCCGCGUCGAGAAGACGUGGGAGCUGCUUCACAAAAAGUACCCGACGCGGCGGGUGACGUUGCCCGUCCAAGAGGACUACGGCGGCCCCGUCCGCCCGCCCACCAUACGCCUGAAGACGCCGCCUCUUCUUUCGCAUCCCAUGUUUAGGGGCUGGACCGCCGAAGGUCCCGUGAGGCAGAGCAGUCUGCCGACGGAGCUGGCCCGGAUGAAGCCGGCGCAGAUCUGA